UUUCCCAGCCGGCGCGGGAAGGCUUUGGGCAGGGGACGCACCGCCAGCAACGGUCGCUUGGGGGGAGCCGCGUGGCCCUGGCCCCGCCCCGGCGGAGCGAGGCCGAUGCCGGGCGGUGACGGCGCUGGAUACCGGCCCGGCCCCGCCAGACCGCAGAUCCGGCCGUCGUUGCCGCGUUACCGCUAACUGCGCGCGUCCCGAGCAGAGCAGACAGCCGCAGGGCCUCCCCGAGCGCCCUGUGCCGUUGGGAGCGAGGUCUCGGUGCUGCCGGAGCUGGCCGGAGGUAGCUUUGCCCGGGAGAGCGGCUCCGUUUUGCUCAUGGCUGAGUGAAGAGGAAUGCCGCAGAAGUGGAGGGCUCAGAGAUGGAUUCAUCAGAAAGAUCAACAAUUAGAAGUGAACAAAAAUCCAGAAAAUUCUUAAAAAGUCUAGUAAGAAGGCAGCCUCGAGACCUUCUUCUGGUAAUUGGAACUGGAGUAAGUGCUGCAGUAGCACCAGGAAUCCCAGCGCUGUGCUCCUGGAGGAGCUGCAUCGAGGCUGUCAUUGAAGCAGCUGAACAGCUGGAGGUGCUUCAUCCAGGAGAUGUUGCUGAAUUUCGUAAAAAAGUGAUCAAAGAUAGAGACCUGCUUGUAGUUGCGCAUGAUCUCAUCAGGAAAAUGUCACCACGUACUGGUGAUACCAAGCCCAGCUUCUUCCAGGACUGCUUAAUGGAGGUGUUUGAUAAUUUAGAACAACAUAUUCAGAAUCCUAUUGUUCUGCAGUCAAUCCUAAGACUAAUGGAGAGAGGCACAAUGGUCCUGACUACAAACUAUGAUAAUUUACUUGAAAUAUUUGGUCAGCAACAGGGUAAACCUAUGGAAUCUUUAGACUUGAAAGAUAAGGAUAAGGUUCUUCAGUGGGCGAGAGGCCAUAUAAAAUAUGGAGUUCUGCAUAUUCAUGGCUUGUAUACGGAUCCCUGUGGAAUGGUCCUAGAUCCUUCAGGAUACAAAGAUGUUACUCAAGAUCCUGAAGUAAUGGAGGUUCUUCAAAAUCUGUAUAGAACCAAGUCUUUUUUGUUUUUGGGCUGUGGAGAGACUCUGCGUGAUCAGAUAUUUCAAGCUCUUUUUCUUUAUACUGUAAAGAAUAAGGUGGAUUUAGAACAUUAUAUGUUGGUGCUUAAAGAAAAUGAAGACCUCUUUUUUAAGCUCCAGGCAGAUAUGCUUCUGCAUGGAAUAAAAGUAGUGUCUUAUGGGGACAGCUUUAAACAAUUUCCAGAGUAUGUACAAGAUCUGACUGCUCAAAUCUGCAAGCAGAGAAGUCCAGAUGCUGAUCGAGUAGAGAGCACAACACUGUUGGGAACUUCAUGUGUGGACUGUGCUAAAAGGAAGUUAAGAGAAAAUGGCAUUGAUCCUCCUAAGAGAAUCAAGCAAUCAGAUAAUGGUAUAUCCACUAUUUAAUGAAAAAACAAAAACUUUUUGAAAGCAGAUGUUUUACAUGAGCAUGGAAAGUUUUGAGCUAUUUCCAUGUUUUUAAGUGGAUUAAAAAUUGCGUAUCUUAGCAUUUUCUUUUCUAGGGAUGUAAAUGGGGAAUGUAUGUCAAGUUUGAGAGGCAUACUAGUUGUUUUCCAGGCAGUUCCAUACCACUAAAGCUGUAUGUGCUGGGUCAUUUAGAAGCAGAUGCAAGUUUUACCUGGCUGUGCUUCAAGCCCAUUGGAAGUCUUGAGACUGUUAAAAUAGUACUGAGCUUGUAUCAAGGUUUUAGUUUGGGUCAGGUGCUCUGAAGUCACAACACAGAUGCUUGAAUCUGCUUAAAAAUGACUGUUGGCAUACCUGAAGUUAUCUGUUAGUAGCCUUUAAAAUGAUAGAAUUUUUUCUUAGUUCAUCAGCUGAACCUCUGCUGCACUGCAUUUAGGCCACUGGAAGUUGAAAUCUUCAGGGGUCUGUCAGCACAAGCUGUUUGCAAGAUUCAGAUCUAGAACUGUAAGCUGUUAGGAAUUGCUUUUCUAUGUUUAUAGAAACCUUAUCACAAUAACAUGCUUGUAUUUAUGCUUGUAGCAAGAGUAUUCAUUUUCAUCUGUCAGUUUGUUUUUAAACAUGAGAUCACAUGGGGAGAAAAGGAUGUAAUGGAAGAAUACCAACAAAGACAUACAGUAUGUGCAUUGGGACUUACUGACCUAUUUGCUGUAUAUUUGUAUGGAAAUAUCCUAGUGUUUGAACUGUAGAACAUGCUGACAAAAUCCCGGAGAAGAGGUAUGGAAUAGCUUUAAUGCAGCAGAAUUAAAAUUGGUUAGUGUCUCAUUAUGUACCUGUAGAUGAUUUCUAGUGUGUAACUUUGACUUCAAUGGAAUUAUUUAAACAGUUAAAGUUAGGCACCCUGUUAAGCAUUUCUCCAAGGUAGUUACUUCACCUAGCAUUGAGUUAUUGUACUGAGUUAUCUCAGCACUACCCCGACAGACUUACCGCUCCAGUUGUUAACACCAACACCUGAUAUCCUCUGAAAUCUUACCAACUUUCACCAUAGUGUCUGCAGGAGAGCAUGUCCAGGGCCCUUCGUGUUCUGAUACUGGCAUGUUCAUACCUGAAGAUCCUGGAGGCUGCCCAAGUCAGGUUUCUCUAAUUCCAUCUGCAGUGGACUUGAUCUGGUUGGUAUGCCUUCUGAGGUCACACUGAUUAAAUGAGGUUUUGCAUGCAGCGGAGGAGCUAGAGCUGUCAGAUGACCUUUCUGUCAGAGUUGCAGCAGGUAUGUGAACUCUUCACUCCCAUGUCACAGAAGGAAUUUCUGCUUGUUCUCUAGUAUGCAUGCAUGCAUGUAUGCAAAACGAAAUGCUUAAAGAUGAAGUGAAGGUUUCUUUCCAGACUGAUUACUACAGAGAUGGUUAGAUUUCUUUGUAGUGUGGGAAAUCUUUGUCCCUGUUCUGAAGUAGGCAAAGUUCUGAAGAUACUUUGCCUAGCUAAGCAAUCUAAACGGUGCAUGUGCACUGACUCCUCUAUCUCCGAAGAAAAUACUCCAGUUGUCUUUCAGGAUCAACAGUCUGUACUUGGGCUUUAGUGUAUGAUAAAGCUUCUAAGGAGCUCAGUGUCAGGUCUUGAAGGCUAGGCUGUGUUUUAUGAAGUUAAAAAGCAAAAGCAAAAUGAGACUGAAUAUUGGCAUACUCAUAUUCUCCCUUUGAGAAACUGUAUUUAUGCCAUAGGUCCCUGUUAAAGAUUAAGUCUCUUAGCAUUGAGUACAGCAUUAUCUGCAAGAUUCUAGCCUGUAAAAUCUGCUUCUCUAGUCAGCAUAAACUGGGUAUUUUAAAAAGUGCUAAGUUAAGCUGCUGUUUUCAAUGCUGAUGUAUCCACUUAGAAAAUGUAAGCUGACAUAAACUGCAGCUCCAUUCGCCUGAUGGAUUUUGCUAUUACAUUGUUCUUUUUUAUAACCCUGAUUAUUGCAAUUAUUUGAGCCCAUUCCUAAAGUCACAUAGCACUUUAUCUUGUGCUUGGAAUCAGAUUUCCAUUAGGAAAUCUCAUCCCUGCCCUUUGGUCCUUAUGAUCAGCUUAUACCAAGCACUGGAGGUUCUUCAGUUUUGUAAACACUGCUGAACUGGAACUUGUACAACAGCCUUUCCUAACUGAAGUGCCAUGUAUUUGCACUCUGAAAAGCAGAUGAGUAAUCAAUUUGUUUUAAUUCAUAACAUGCAUUAAGAAGGAGUCUACAGAAAUUCUUCAGUGUCCCCGCCCACUCUACAAUCAAGGAACUGCUAUCAUCUACAUACAUUUCAGCCAUCUUACGAACAGCAUUGCCUUGCAGCUACCUCAGGGAUUAAAAUAGAAUCAAAAGGGACAGAAUCUGAAACUUGGCUGUUCCAUUUGAUUCAUGUUAAAAGUAACUUGUUUUAAGGCUCUGUUCAAAUUAUUACCUGAAUAAGGUGAAAGAAUUAACCAUAUAACUAGAGGUAUAUAAGUGACGUUUACUGGUUCUACUGUAAAUUUCUUUUUGUAUUUUAAUUCAUUAUUAUUUUUAAAUGGGAGUAAGAUACCUACUGAACACACAGUCCUUUUGACCACUAUCAUAUUUUGCUCAAGCUGUGAAAUGAAGUUGGUAGGGUGUCUCUGAUAAUAUAUGCUAUUUUAAUAAAAUAUUUAAAUCCAAAA